AUGUCUUAUGCGGUCGAGUCCAAGAAGCGCAAGUUCCACCGAAUGCUGGAAUCCAUCUCGAAGCCUCUGACCCUCGAGACUGCGUCGCGGAAUCCCGGCCCUGAAUCCACCAUGACCACCAAAAACCGCACUACGGCCGAUCUUUCGAUCAAGAGAGUGAGGCUGGAUAAUAACGAUACUGCUGAAUAUCCCGCCGUGCGCAAUUCUACGUCCAAAAUUGCUCGGCCCGACCUUCAACGAACAAGUUCUUCGGCUUCCACUUCCUCCACGCGUCCAACAUUCGUCCCUUGGGACCGUGAAAGAUUCCUCGAACGCCUCGAGACUUUCCGUCGCGUCGACCGUUGGACAUCGAAGCCGGCUGCGAUAAACGAAGUACAAUGGGCGAAGCGCGGAUGGGUGUGUACGGAUGUUGCGCGGGUCAGCUGCAUCAGCAACUGUGGUGGCUCGGUCGUUGUGAAACUCCCGGAUGAGAUUGAUGAACUAGAUGGGUUCGACAUGGAAAAGGCUCAGGAGAGGAAACAAGUCCGUUUGAGAUUGGUUGAGGAGUAUCAAAAACAAAUGAUCGAAGAGCAUGGCGAGAACUGUCCAUGGAGGAACAGGGGUUGUGAUGCGACAAUACAACAUCUGCCAUUGACCAACGUAGAUGUCGCCAUACUCGGACUUCGCACUCGAUACAGCCAUCUCCUUCAAAUGAGUGAAAGGCUACCCAAUCUUGAGACGCUACGCUUUCCAGACAGCUUCGAUAUUGAGAGCCUUGUGCACUUCCUUCCCACUGACUGGUCUCAAAAAUCCGAUGGCGGGACACUGCCGCCAAGCGAUUCCAAUGAAGAGACCGGUGGAGAGGCCUCGGCUCCGCCACCAACUGAUUUGCCAUCUCAGGAUGUUAACAAGGCCGCGCUCGCCAUUGCACUAUUCGGCUGGGACUCAAGUCCCGACUCAUCCACAGAUCUUGUCGCUUGCAAAGCCUGCUUUCGGCGUCUUGGUCUGUGGAUGUACAAACCCAAAGCGAACGGAGACCGUUCUGUCUUCGACUCACUUGAUGUGGCAGCUGAGCACAUGGACUAUUGUCCAUGGACUGACCGCAAUGCUCAGAAUGGUACUGGAAAGGCCAAUCAAAAUCUAGCUUCUCUCCGCAGUGGCUGGGAAAUAGUCGCCGAGGCUAUCAAAGUGAAGCAUCGCAGGCAAGAACGCUCGACAGCCCCAGAAGGAAGUCCACGGCCUGAGCAGAAGACGCAUGACGCUGAAGUCUCCGAUGACGAGGGUGUCCCAGAUGAGGAGAAAAAGAAAGCUGCAGAUCGUGAAUGGUGGGCUAAAAUUCGACGUAUGAGGCAAGUUUGGACUCAUAAGACGCCACGUCGCAAGCCUGCACCUCCCGCAUCAGAUGUGCCCUAA